AUAUAUCCUCUGCUUCAAAAAAGCAUGUUUGAACUCCCAGAGGCAGAUAACCAUUCAACAAAACUGCUGAAACAGAAACUGAUCUCUCAGAUGGCCUCAUCCUGUACUUUUACUUGGACAAUGAUGCCUGCGCAAAAUCUUUAAAUAUGCACUCUGCCCAUUCUGAACCACUUUGGAGAAUCAGAACAAACAGGUUAGACCGCUAUGUUCCCGUCAACAUUUUCAUAACAAGGAAGCUAUCAAUAUACAUUGUCGACUGCUUCUGAUGAAGUGUGGAUAGAGCACAUGAUGAUUCAUAAAGGACCCGAUAUUUGACUUCCUCAAUUUAACACAAGAUGUGGUCAUGCAAUUGUGUUGCCUGGAACUGACUGGCGAAAGAUAUGAACAUAUUUGUUUGGACUGCAGCUCAGAAAUGAAGAAGUCUUCACUCGUGAUUCUGAUGUUCAACACCUUCUGUGCCUUUUCACAAAUUCCCCAUGAACUUGUCUAUCUUGUGGGCUGCUUUGACAAUGGCACAACGGAGGUACAGCUUGAAUUUGAUGCUGAGGAGAUUUUUCACGUGGAUUUUGAAAGACGUGAAGUUGUUUACACUGUACCCAGAUUUCUUGUGAAUAACCCAAGUGAAAUAUAUGAUGAUAGGCGUCUAUAUGGCAAUGCUUUGAAAGGCCAGCACGUGUGUCCAGUUGCUGUGGCAUUGGGCAAAUUGGAGGAAAACAAUCCACAGGAAGAAAAAGACCCUCCAGAGAGCAUCCUCUACCCCGCGGAAGAAGCUCAGCUGGGAGUUGAAAACAGCCUCACCUGCUUUGUGAAUCAUUUCUACCCACCUGACAUCAAAGUCAGCUGGACCAAAAAUGGUUGUCCGGUGUCGGAGGGGGUGUCACUCAGUCAGUACUAUCCCAAUAAUGAUCAAACCUUCCACCAGUUCUCUACCCUGACAUUCACACCAAGGGAGGGGGACAUUUACAGCUGCACUGUGGAGCACUCAGCCCUGGACAGGCCUAAAACCAGGCUCUGGGAACCUGACUUUAGGCAUCCCAGUCUUGGACCAGAUAUUUUCUGUGGAGUGGGCCUGACUCUGGGCUUGUUGGGAGUUGCAGCUGGAACUUUUUUAAUGGUUAAGGGACACAAUAGGCGUUAACUUCUCUGUUUUAGAGAGGUUAUACACAUGAUGAUGAUGGUGAUGAUGAUGUUGGUGAUGAUAAUGAUGCCAAAUGUGAAUCUUACACCAACAAUUAUAUUUGAGUCAAACAGAAAUUUGCACAGUUUAUCAUCUUCUAAACCAUGAUUUGGUUUCAAAGAAAGGUAUGAAUCAG